CAGAGCAUGCAGACUUAUCCUCCACUUUAACUGUGAACAUUAUAAUAAAAUAUACUUGAUCUCUGUCUCUGUUCUGCCUCCACAUAUGUAACCUACCAUAUUAUGAGUACAACUCAACAUUUCUUUGUUUGAAGAUUAUUUUUUGGGCUUCUGGGCCUUUAUUUGAUAGGACAGAUGAAGACAGGAAAGGUGGUAGAAAGAGGGGUGGGGGGGGGACGACGACAUGCAGCAAAGGGGCCAAAACCAGACUGAAACCUGGGCCGCUGCAGGGAGGACUGAGCCUAAGUAUAUGGCGGCACAUGCUUAACCAGACAGACUUCAAUCUGAAUAACUCUAAGAGGAAAAACCUUACCUCAGUCUCAAAGAGUGGAGUUCCUAAAUGCAGCCAUUCCUGGAUCUUCACAAUGAGACUCUUUCACCUUCUUUGGCUUUUGAUCCUGUUACUGAACAGUGAUUCAUCUUUACAACAGAAUGUAAUAACAUGUAAACUGAUACUGCCGCCACCCGAGGGAACCAGAUAUGAAUCUGCUUCUAGAAAUGUGUUUUUACCUGGUGACACAUUGAGGGUCAUUUGUGGAGAGAAGUACGGGAUUUCUAACAAUCAGGAAUCAGCAGUAACUACAUGCAAUGAGGAUGGAGAGUGGACUAUCAUACCAGUAUGCACAGAGGUCGUAUGCAACAAUCAAAGACCGCAAAAUGUGUAUUCCUUGGAAUACAAUUGGUGGCAACAAAAAAAAAUUGGUGAGACUACAAGAUAUUGGUGUAAGAUAGGCUACAUGAGCACAGAUGGUGCUACCCGGGCCACAUGCACCAGAGAUGGAUGGACACCAAAUCCACUCUGUCGAGAGAUUGUAGGCUGUGGAAGUCCACCACCUCUCACAGAUGGAGACAUCAAGUACACUUUGAAAACUAAUUACAGCCAUCAAGAAAGGGUUGAAUUCAUGUGUCAAAAUUACUACACCAUGGAGGGUGGGCCUAACAGAACCUGCAUCAAUGGUGAAUGGAUUGGACAGAUGAAAUGCCUCAAACCUUGUAUUGUGGAUAGAGAGCUCAUGAACAGAUAUAAUAUUGCCUUCAGAUAUACUAAUUCUGAUGAGCUGUAUUUUGCCCAUAAUGAUUUUAUUGAGUUCACUUGUACUAAAGGAAGACACACCGGCACAUUGUCCAUGCGUCAGAAAUGUAUUGAUGGUGUGUUGAGCCUGCCCACUUGUCAGUAAAGGUUUUUAGUUAACUGGAUGUGAUAAACAUGAUCUGGCUGGACAAACAUGUAAACGAUUAACGAGAAGUUAAGUUAUUAACUGAUCUUCUGUACCUACUGCAGCAGUUUGAAUAAAACAUACAUGUUCUCAUGUUUUUUUCUUCAUAAAUGUUUUAUUAAAGGUACAAUAUGUAACAUUUCUGCAUUAAAAUGUCUAAAAACGA